AUGAAAAGAAGUGAUGGACACAGGAAAGCAGUGGAGCAGAAGAUUCUUUCUGCGGGAACUGCACACACUCCGAGGUCCGGACAGAGAAGCCGGGCUCACAGCUACAUCCUGCUUAAGUCUGCUGUUGGAUGCAUCUACAUUAGGAAGGCUGGUGCCACGCAGAGGGCUGGGGAGCAGCCCCGCCUGGCCUGGGAGGAGCAAGACCUUGGCACCUGCCGCGCCAUGGACCCGCCUGCCGCCUUCCCGGGCUCCCCGGCCCUGCCGGGCGUCGCGCCGUCGGGGCGGCGGCGGCGGCGGCCCCUGCAGCGCGGGAAGCCGCCCUACUCGUACAUCGCGCUCAUCGCCAUGGCGCUGGCGCACGCCCCGGGCCGCCGCCUGCCGCUGGCCGCCAUCUACCGCUUCAUCACCGAGCGCUUCGCCUUCUACCGCGACAGCCCGCGCAAGUGGCAGAACAGCAUCCGCCACAACCUCACGCUCAACGACUGCUUCGUCAAGGUGCCCCGCGAGCCGGGCAACCCGGGCAAGGGCAACUACUGGACGCUGGACCCCGCGGCCGCCGACAUGUUCGAGCACGGCAGCUUCCUGCGGCGCCGCAAGCGCUUCAAGCGGCAGCCGCUCCCACCGUCCGCCUUCUGCGCGCCCCCCGCGCCCCCCGCGCCCCCCGGGUCCUGCGCGCCCGGCCCCGCGCCGCUCCCGCUGCCUCCCACGGCGCUCCCGCAGCCUCCCGCGCCCUGCGGGCCCCUUCCCGCGCCGCCCGCGCGCCUCUUCGCCGCCGACGGCCCGGGCCACCUGCCGCCCGAGCUGGCGGGGCUGGGCGCCUCCGAGCCGCCGUGCUGCGCGCCCCCCGCCGCCGCCUCCCCGCAGCUCUACGCGCCGGGCCCUGAGCGCCUGGGGCUGCCCCCGGAGCCGCUCCUGGCCGCGCUCGGCCCGCUCAGCCCGGCCGAGCCCUACCUGAGGCCGCCCGGCUUCGCGCCCGCGCUGGAGCGCUACCUGUAA